CCAACAAUCGUCUCAAUUCUCGUCUUUCUUUCGUCUCCGUUGUUCCCAAUGAAGGCGGCUUUGAAGGGCAAGUAUGACUUGGACAGAAACGGCGGUGCCGCCGCAACCGUUGCCUUUAACGCCGGCGAUGUCAAGCUUCGAGCUUCUAUAACAGAUGCCACCAUCGUUAAUGGACCCAGCUUAACUGGAUUGGCUCUAGCUGUCGAGAAACCUGGCUUCUUUAUAGUCGAUUACAAUGUCCCCAAAAAGGACGUUCGAUUUCAGUUUAUGAACACCGUUAGGAUUGCCGAGAAGCCAUUGAAUUUGACUUAUUCUCAUGCCUGGGGCGAUAACAGGACUGCUUUGGAUGGAACAUUGAUAAUCGAUCCCUCUAAUAAGUUGUCGGCUAACCACACGCUUGGUUCAGGAAACUGCAAAUUGAAGUACUCUUACCUUCAUCAGGGGGUGACCACGUUCGAGCCAUCCUACGAUUUGGCUAAGAACUCAUGGGACUUUGCAGUUUCACGGAGAGUUUACGGUGAUGACUCGCUGAAGGCCUCGUACCAGACAUCAAGCAAACUGCUGGGGCUAGAAUGGUCGCGGAAUUCAAAGCAGAGUGGUUGCUUCAAGGUCACAGCAUCCCUUAACUUGGCUGAGGAACUGAAAGUCCCGAAAAUUAGCGCUGAAACCACUUGGAAUUUGGAGAUGUAGCAGACUAGCACUGUGCUUCCAUCAUCUCCGCUUAUUUGAGAUCUGAUGUCUUGAGGCGUAUUUUGCCUUUCGAUUGAUACUCUGCUUCAAUUUGAAGUGUGAUCUGGUCACAUUGCAAUAACAAUGCUGAAUUCACUGUCCACCUGCAACUGAGAUAUUUGAUUGUUGAACAAUCAUAGAUUUGUUGGCACCUUGAGAAGCCUUAUAAAAGUUAGCAUUUAAAAUUUAAAUUAAGCAGUCUUGUUAUAUUUUUUGCUCAUA